UUAACAUGAAACUCAAUUUUAAGCACCAACUUGGGCUUCUCUUUGUCUCACUGCUCUUACCUGCCCUGUGUUUCUCUCAGGACUCUUUUACUUGCUCAAGAGCAACCUAUUAUGGUAGCCCAGAUUGUUAUGGAAAUCCAAGGGGAGCUUGUGGCUUUGGCGAAUAUGGAAAAACAGUAAACGAUGGAAGUGUUGCAGGUGUGUCCUGGCUAUGGAAGAAUGGAUCUGGCUGUGGGGCAUGUUAUCAGGUUAGGUGUAAAAUAGCAGAAUUGUGCGAUGAGAAUGGAGCAUACGUGGUGGUGACAGAUUAUGGUGAGGGAGACAGAACAGACUUUAUAACGAGUCCACGUGGCUACUCAAAAUUGGGGAGAAAAACGUAUGCAUCUACAGAGCUAUUGAAAUACGGUGUAGUGGAUGUAGAAUACAGAAGGGUCCCCUGUAGAUACGGUGGCUACAACCUCUUGGUAAAGGUCCACGAACAUGGCAGAAACCCUCGCUACCUGGCCAUUCAGAAUGUAGUGUAG